AUGGUGGGUUUCUCUUUCUCUCGGCGUCCUGUAGGUAACUGCGGCAAGUGCCGAAGGGUUCGUGGAAAAUCAAACCGCAUCAGGCAGUACUGUGAGAGAGAUUUUGCCUUGCACGUGAGGAUUAUUAAUAAAAGAAUCAUCGGGCUGGAGACACGUUAUGACGUUGAUGUGCUGAAGGCCUACAAGAAAAGCUUUGCUCUCUUAAGGCGGGAGUAUCUGUGGGUCCCGAAUACCUGUGACUGUCCCCGAAUGGUCGAGAUGAAGCAGUAUGUGGUGAUGGCACGCCGACAUGUGAACUAUGAGCGGACACUGAACCGGAUUCUGCUGGAGGCAGACAGCUUUGUCCGAAGGUACAGGCCUCGGGAGGACAGACUCAUGAGGGGCCUGGAUGGGGAGUGUGAGAAGCAGGGAUACCAGCUCACAGUUAACAGACUUGGAUAAGUAUCAAGCCAGCCUCAGUGGGCUCUGUGACUGCUCUGGUGACUGUCUGCAGACUGGGUGUGAGAGACGAGGGUGGGGGGAGGCAGGGGAAUGCAGUAGGGUCUCUGACACUUUACGGCAAACAGAGGGUUAGGUGGGAGGCUUGCCUCAGACACUGCACACUCUCACAGAGAUCCUGCGAGCCAAUCUGAUCCAUGGUUUUGGAUGGCUCUGCUGGCUCCACAUAGUGUAUAAAACCCAAUCUCUGGGUGACUCACACGCUCCAAGCUGUGUCAUGAGUUCAACUGUUUUUUUGGCUCCACAGGAAAUUUAGAGGGAAGAGAGUUGAUAUUUUUAACACACGUCAGCUCAGUCCGGUCAAAGGCAUGCUCAACGGAUUGGGUUACAACUGAUCGCUGCAAUUGGUCACUGCAACUGAUCACUCUGAUCACUGCGAUUGGUCACAGCCA